AUGCAUACAGGUGUGCACACAAGUGUGAUUCUCCUCACCUUAUGGAGGACUCUGGGGCUCCUGACAGGAGAGUGUAAGACAUAUGGAAGUGGCGUGGUGCAGCCCUUUAAUGGGAGCGCUUACCAUGUGAGGACGUCCUGCUCCGUCACCCUCCUCCACUUCACCCACCUGGGUGUCGACUGUGACAUCACCAUCCAGCGAGGGCUCAGCGGACUGCUGACCCGGGUCGAGGUCGUCGUCAACAAAAUCAGAACCGUCGUUCAGGAUGAAACCAUUGCUGUGGAAAGCCACAGGGUCUCCCUGCCGUACGACCACACCUACCAGCAUGUCUUCCGCUACGGAGUUCACACCAGACUGAGAAGCAAGGUCCUGCCUCUCACCGUCACGUGGCACGACACCCCUCUGGGCAUCGACUCCCUCUGGGUGCGACUAGAGGGGAACAGCAUCAGUGGGAUGAGAGGACUUUGUGGACGUCUGAACACUCCAGCCAAUCCUCCUCAGUUAAUCUCUGAAGCAGUGCUUGAGGAUGACACUUGUGUGGUAGAGGACUCGCUUGAGGAAUCCAACAUGGUGUGUGGCGAGUUCAUGUCUCACGCCUGGUCCUGCCUGGCGUCCGAGGCAGUGGCCUACUUCCACCUGUGUGGAAAAAAUGCCUACGGCCAUGCAGAUAGCUCUCACAUCACCUGUCCGUUCUUCUGGGACAUUGCUCUGAGGUGUGGGCCUGCCAGCAUCCUCUGGAACGUUUGGAGAGAGGUCACCCAAUGCCCCGAGCCGCAGUGUCCAGGGCAGCUGACCUAUAAGGAGCUGGGAAAUGCCUUUAUUCCCACCUGCUCCAAACCCACACCCACACCCAGAGCCAGUGACCAGGACAUGACCAGCACCUGUGUGUGCCCCCAAGGUCAGGUGCUGAAUGAACGUGCCUCAGGCCACUCCUGUGUGAGUGUGGAAGAAUGUCCCUGUGUGUACGGCAACAGCAGCUACCCUCCAGGAUCCUACAGACGAACGAAAUGCCAGACAUGUAAUUGUGUGAAUGGGAAGUGGCAGUGCUCAGAAGACAUUUGCCCUAAAACAUGCUCCAUUGAGUCUCAGUUUGUGACGUCUUUUGAUGGUAAACACUUCAGGCUUCCAGGCAAAUGCACAUAUGUGGCAGCUCAGUUUCAACAUGAGUGGUAUGAUCUGAUCUGUAAUCUCAUCCAAAUGUCUGGAUGUUUUUCAGCGUUAGUCACCGUAUUCUGGCAGUCCUCCAUGUAUGUCCAGGUCCAAGUCCUCUCAGGCCUCAGUAUUCAAGUGCAAAUGUCCCCAGAAAUUCAAGUCUACGUGUCCUUGGCCGAACAGCAUAGUGGAACAACUGAAGGUCUUUGUGGAAACUUUAAUGGAGACUCGAGUGAUGAUUUUACCACCAGUAGUGGAAUUGUGGAGAACUCGGCUGAACCUUUUGCCCUCUCCUGGUCCGUGGAGAGCUGUGUGCAUGACAUCCCUGACAUCUGCACAAACGUGGACAACGAAAUAUUUGCUGAUGAGCACUGCAACCAGCUGAGGGAUCCUAAUGGGAUCUUUGGCUCCUGCCACAGUUAUGUACCCUAUGACCAAUAUUACCAGGCCUGCAUCAGCAAAACAUGCCAGUGCCACUCGGAGCUUCAGUCGUGUCUCUGUGUUGCCCUUGGCAACUACGCCAAAGCCUGUGCUUCCGUAGGGGCCUUUGUGGGAGACUGGAGAACAGUAACCAACUGCACGGUGACGUGUAUGACCAACCAGGUGUUUGACUACACCACGAGGGUGUGUAACCGCACCUGCCGCUCGCUGGCGGGACGUGACCCCACCUGUGACCUGGAGGCGGAGCCUGCGGAGGGCUGCGGUUGCCGGGAGGGCACUUACCUUAACGACCACAGCCGCUGCAGCCCCCGAUCGCAGUGCCAGUGUCACCACAAAGGGGGCGCCACACCACCGGGACCAAUGGUCAUUGACGGGCGGGCAUGUAAUUGUGAAGAUGGAAAGCUGAAUUGCUCAGAGGCCUGUGUUUGUAAGGGGGAUAAAGUGUGUGUGCACUGUGCAUACUUUCCCAUUAACACUGCACAGAAAACCUGCGACAGCCUGAGCAAGCCAGUUAGGUCCGGUGACGUGUGUCAUAGUGGCUGCUACUGUCCAGAGGGCCAGUAUGAGGAUCAUAACGGAGUGUGUGUCUCUGCUGAGAGCUGCACCUGUGUGUUUAGCGGGAGAGUGUACAGUCCUGGAGAGAGUGUGGAGAGUAACUGUAAGACGUGCACAUGCGGAGGAGGGCAAUGGUACUGCACUGGAGAGCCGUGCCCAGGAAAGUGCCAGGUGUUUGGGAACGGGCACUACCAGACCUUUGACUCCAAGUGGCUCCGCUUUGAUGGGAACUGCCAGUACACCCUGGUGGAGGAUGACUGUGGGAGUGGGGAAGGGGCGUUUGCUGUUAGAGUGGAGAGUAUUCCCUGCUGUGAUGAAGAACUGACCUGCUCCCGCACCAUCACUGUAGACCUGCUGGAUAAAGUGUCUCUGGUGUUGGGGGACAUGUCUGUGCGGUCCAGGUACUACAACACAUCAGCCAUUUCGGAUGAGAUGCUGUACUCAGUCCACACAGUGGGGCUCUACAUCCUGAUCACAGCACCACGACUGGGCCUCACACUCAUCUGGGACAAACACACACGCCUGACAGUGCUGCUGGAGGCCCGGUGGAAGGGCAGAGUGUGUGGUCUGUGUGGGAACUUCGACUCCAGCGAGGCCAAUGACCUGCUGAGUGCCGGCUCCUGGCUGGAGUUUGGCAACAGCUGGAAGACGGGCACGCCACCCUGUUCCGACGUGACGAGCGAGACCUUCCCCUGCCAGCGCCACUCCUACUGCGCCAACUGGGCAGAGAGACGCUGCAUGAUCAUCAAGGGAGACACCUUCAGGGAGUGCCACCUCAAGGUGGACCCUGAUCCAUACUACCAGGCCUGUGUGCUGGAGGCGUGCUCCUGUGAGUUUGAGGGAAAGUUCCUGGGCUUCUGCACGGCUGUGGCCGCUUACGCUGAAGCCUGCAGUGAGCAAAACGUCUGCAUCCAAUGGAGAACUCCUGACCUGUGCCCUGUAUACUGUGACUACUACAACAGAGAGGGUGAGUGCAGCUGGCACUAUGACCCCUGUGGAAAAGCCCCGACCUGUGGGAGAAACUACAACUUCAAUGGCAAACUGGAAGGCUGCUAUCCCAGGUGUCCGGCAGAGGCUCCAUACUAUGAUGAGAACACAGAGAACUGCACCACACUGCAGAACUGCACCUGUCUCUUCAAUGGCACAGUCCUAAGACAUGGCACGUCCAGUGGAGACUGCGCUUGCACAAAUGGAACCAUGGACUGUGCAACACCCCCAACUACAACCUUAACAACAACACCACCAACUACAACCUUAACAACAACACCCCCAACUACAACCUCAACAACAACACCCCCAACUACAACAAUGCCCUCAUCAACCACAACCACAAAAACAUCAACUACAGCAGAAGCAACAACGACAAAUAGACUUACUACAAUAGUACCCACAACAACUACUGUGACAACAACAACAAUGGCACCUACAACAACAACAGCAAUAGUGACCACAGACUGGCCAACCAUGGAACCAACAACAACUUCAUCCACAACCACACCAUCAACAACACCCACAACAAUGACCACAGCUUCAACCAUGAAGCCCAAAACAACUUCAGCCACAACUACUGCAAGAGCUUCAACAACCACUUCCAUGGAAACAACAGCAGCACUGACGUCCCCAACCACUGUGAAGCCUACAACUACAACCUCGUCCACGAGCACAACUGUAGAAACCAACACUGAAUACACUGAACUAUCUACAACUGCAGUACCUACAACUACAACUACGACUGUAGAACCAUCAACAUCUACAAUAUCAACCACUGUAAAACCUACAACAGAACAGACGACUACGUCUACAACACCUACAACUGAACCAACGACUACAGCAACCCCAUUUACAACCACAUUUAAACCUACAACUACAAGGCCUCCCACCGAACCCACAACUACCACAGCAACAACCUCAACAACAUUCAUUGUUAAAACAGGACCCACCACAACACAACACUACUCUCUCUCACAUGGUGUGAUAACUACACUCUCAGAGACAACGAGUUCAGCAUCACCAACAACCACAACCAUAUUGCCAACAACUGCAACAACAACAACAACUACUGCUACUUCAUUGAAACCAACAUCUCUAUCUACAGCUAAAACCACAGGGCCUUCAACCACAACCCCAACUUCUGUACCUUCCACGGAACCCACAACUACCACAGCAACAACUUCUGUAGCUGUGCCAACCACAAGUACACUGGAAGCAACACUUUCCACUUCAUCAACAACCAUCAAACCAUCAACAGCUGCAACAGUGUCCACCACAUUAGAAGCAACAACUGCAACCACAACUACUAAGAGGUCUACAACUACAACACCCUCAACCACCAUGGUGUCAAGCCCCACCACAGAAUCAACUACUACACCCGGAGUUACAGAGCCUACGACACCCAGACCUUCAACAAUCACCUCGCAACCUACAACUACAACUUUGUCCACAAGAACACCUAAGCAGUCAACCUUUGAAAUCACAGAGGCAACCACAAUUUGGUCAACUACGGAAGAAGCUACAGCUACUAUGGUUGAAAUCACCUCAGUUUUGUCUACAUCCCCCACCAUGGAACCAACAACUACAUCCACAACCACCCUCAACCCUACAACUGCAAAAACUUCAACAACCACUACCAUGGAAACAACAACCACAUCUACUAUGAAGCCUACGACUGUAACUUUAUCGACAAGCACACCGGUGGAAACAACAUUUGAAACAGAUGAGUCACCAACAACUGCAUUAACUCCGACCACAAGCGUUGAGCCAACAACAACUGCAACAGUACCAUCCACUGUGGAGCCAACAGCUUGGGACUCAACAACAGAGUCAUUCACAAUCUCGACAUCACAGUCCACAACUACAAGACCAUCAACAACAGCAACCACAACAGCCACACCAGUGCCUACCACUGUAAAGUCUACUACCAACACAGUCCAAACAACCUCAACCACAGAACCCACAACAGCUACAAGUGUUUCAACAUCUACAACCACAGAACCCACGACAACUACAAGCGCUUCAACAACUACAACCACAGAAGCCACGACAGCUACAAGCGUUUCAACAACUACAACCACAGAACCCACAACAGCUACAAGCGUUUCAACAACUACAACCACAGAACCCACGACAACUACAAGCGCUUCAACAACUACAACCACGGAACCCACGACAGCUACAAGCGUUUCAACAACUUCAACCACAGAACCCACGACAACUACAAGCGUUUCAACAACUACAACCAUGGAACCAACUACAACUCUAUGUCAGUGCCGGGACGUGUUGAGAAACGAGAGCUGGAUGUGUGGAGAGAGGUGGACAGAGGACUGUUUCAACAAAGAGUGUCGUGAUGGACAAAUCACCAUGACACAGGUCACAUGUCCAAAGAGACAAGAGCCAGUCUGCCCUCGAGGUCAGGUGACCAGGGUUCGGGAGGGAUGCUGUCAAACUGACAGGUGUAACUGUCGUUGCGAAGUGUAUGGCGACCCCCACUACAUCACUUUCCAGGGCACGACCUACGACUUCCUGGAGAACUGCACCUACACGCUGGUCCAGGAGCGGUUGCCACAGUACGACUUCAGCAUCAUGGUGGACAACUAUUUUUGCAUCCCAUGGCUGGCUGGCUCCUGCACUAAGGGUAUCAUGAUGAAGUUCCGCAACCACACCGUCUCCCUCAGCAUCCUGUCGUCUGAGAGCAGAGUGGAAGUAUGUACUCAACAUAAAAUUAACCAUCAUGCACUAAAAAUACAUGCACGUAUACUUACCACGGUAGCAACAUGUUACAUUAACAACAGCAUAAACCAUCAUGCACUAUCCCUUCUGUGCGCUACUGUUUUACUUUCCACUAAAGCCCUGCAUGCUCCUGUCCCAUCUCAGGCCACCCUGAACCAGAUGCCGGUGCGGCCCCCAUACGAGGAGCAGGGGAUCCGCUUUGAGACCACCGGAUUUAUGGUGUCCGUCUACAUCGAAGAGAUCCGCUCCUAUGUCUCAUUGACGCCCUCAAACACACUGGUCAUCACCCUGGCGAUGGAGCACUUCCAGAAUAACACGGAGGGGCAGUGUGGUGAGUGUGGAGGCAGCUCUUGUGUGCGCCCUGGUGGUAAGAGAGAGAAUGACACCUGCUGUGCAAAGACAGCAAGUGACUGGAUCUACCCCGACCCCCACAAGCCCUACUGUGCCUCUUCACACGGAAACGUGCCCUGCGACACUCUCCUUCCAACACCGCCCCCCUGCAAACCACCCCUCCAUGCCUCUGAUAUCUGCGAGAUCCUCAGACACCCUGAGUUCCAGCCAUGUGGAGCGGUUGUGAAUCUGGAUGUUCUGGUGCAUAGCUGCAAGUCUGAUGUCUGCCUUUCUGGACUCUCGAACAUGUCCUGCUCUGUGUUCGCUCAGGCCGCUGAGGCGUGCAAGAAAGCAGGCUUCUGUGUGGAGUGGCAACACCUCACCAACGGCACCUGUAACAUACAAUGUCCAGGUGGGAUGAUGUACCACGAAUGCCAAGGCCAACUGGAUGACUACUGCAGUGGAAGUCUGCGCGUGUCUGGUCGUGUCCUGGAGGAGAUGAGUUCUGGCUGCUUCUGCCCUGAGCAACAGUUGCGAGCUGCGGAGCACAGUGACGUGUGUGUGGACAUCUGCACUGACUGUCAAGGUCCUCGUGGGGAACCAAAGCAACCUGGUGACACCUGGGAGUCCAGCUGUGCGAUCUGCACCUGUGACAACCAGACCAGAACCACUGAAUGCCACCCCCGACCCAACCCCCCCUCUCCCCUCUGCAGUCCUGACUCCAUUCUGGUAACUGGCUGCUGUGGAGUCCAGACCUGUGUGGAGAGGACAUGUCAGUACAAAGAAGUGACUUAUGAGGUUGGAGAUCGCUGGUCAGACCCCUCAGAGAAGUGUGUAUCAUUUAGCUGCACUAACAGUGGCACUCUGCAGGAGAAGAGUGUGUGUCCUCAGGAGAGCUGCCCAGAGGAGCUUCGUGUCUGGGAUGAGCAUCACUGCUGUUAUACAUGUAAGUGGGGGCCAGCUGGUGAAUGUGGGGGGCUUAUUUCCUCUACUCUUUUCCAUAAGGUCAUCUGA